AUGACGCAUGUUACUAUAAAAAGUUUGAUUGAGGCUGCUAUUGACUCCUGCGAAGCCAUUGACAUUGGGUCAUUUUUUUCAAAAGUCAAUUUCAAAAACACCCGUCCAUCGUCUCUCAAUAAACCACUUUUCACUCCACAGGACCAAAUUUCUUCUCCUCGUGUUGAAAAAUUGCGACAGACAAUUCAGCCUCCACCAAGUGAUGUCUUCACCUUUUCCAUUCCUUUUGUCUACCCCACUGCCGAAGAUGUCUACCAACAGGAAUCUGCAGUUUUAUGUAAUCGGAAGACGCCACCUUCGUGCACACAAGCCUUUGAAGAUAAUUUCGAAUCCGUUAACUUAACCCAGAUGCUCGAUGAAACUCGACUUUAUGACUUUCCUAACCAAGUCACUGGAUUUUGUACCGGUAAAGGUGCCUCCAUCUCCAUAUCUUCAGCUGCUGCACUUCAACACGCGAAGGGUUUAGUCGCUGAUUGUUUUAAUGAAACCAGCGGCGAACACAUGAAUAGAGAUUUGGAAUCCAUGUCCGCAACUUCCGCGCCUCAAGAUCUCAUAAGCGAUGUUUUUUCGCCAAAGAUUUGCAUCUCGAUUGCAAGCACUGGUAAAUCCUUGAAACUAUCGGAUACAUGUCAUGUUCUUCCUUCAGAAAAAAGAAAUGCCUGGGUGACAGGUAGUUUAGUCGCCGAUGGGGGUGCAAGGUCUGGUUUAAAGUCAUCUGACUCUCGCCACUUCGCCAAGAGUAUACCUGAAGCGUCCGCGCAUGAGCCUGUUUCGGGAUCGAGUCCUAAGCGUAUUCAACCGUGCGUAGCCCCCCAAUCGUCACCAUGUUCAGCGUCACUUGGCUCCCGUAAGAGUACUGGAUUUCAGACAGGCAAGGGGGCUUCCAUAGCAGUUAAAUCAACCAAAGCCCUCAUACGCGCAAAAGCCCUUUUCGCCGAUUGCUUGAAUGAAUCCGUUAGCGAAUUGGAAAAAAUCCCCGUGCAUGAAAAUUCACGAAACAGGUUGCCGGUACUGAAAGAACUUCAGCUUGCACCAGAUAAAAGUAAGGCUUUGUGUGCUACCGGUUUGGUAAAAGAGAAAGCUGGGACCACCUUGCUAACAACCAAACAACUUUGUCGACCAACAGGUUUUGUGGCAGACUCUUUGAUUGAACCGGUAGGUAUGCAAAUCACGGAGUCCAUCAGUCCUUACAAAACCCCGAAAGCCGCUGCGAAGGAGCCAACCAUAUUAAAAUGUCAGCCUCUUCCGGAUGCAAGUUCUGCUCCAAUAAUAACAGGUUUUUCCACAGGCAAAGGCGCAUCCAUCUCCAUAACAUCUGCCGAGGUACCACAGCGUGUAAGAGAACUGCUUAAAGAGUGUCUAGAUGAACCCUUGGUAGACGGGUGUCAGCAGCGAAAUGAAAAUUGCAUGACCCCACCGGCGCUUAAUGUCUCCGAAGCUAAUAAUAAUCAUGUGUUUGAUAGUUAUUCAAAUGACAAAGGCUCUGCUAUCUCCUAUUCAUCGGUCGACGCUGGUAAUCACCCAAAAUACCUAGUCAAGGAGCAUGUGCGUGAAAGUCCGACUGAAAAAGUUACACGGAGGGUGGACGCGCAGCCAACUGCCGAGAAAGAAGUGAAGGUUUCUCAUUCACGAGAUCUUUCAAAUAGGAAUACAGGUUUUUUAACUGGUAGUGGUGGCUCGGUUCCGGUCGCGUCUGAUACUCGUGCUCGGCCAUCGUCCACAGAAGAAGCUAAUCGAUCGGAUUUUGCAGUUACGGAUAAGCUGCCAACACUACAUGGUAUAGAUGCACCACCAUCAUCGGACUCUAAAUUGGAGCGGGCUCCUCAAAACGCCAGAAAAUUUCACUCGGUCUUGCCAUCAAAUACGCCAUCUCAGGGACCAAUUUCGUCAGUUGUAUUGUGUGCUGAAGCAGUUGAACUGGGUUUUAACACGAAUUUCGGAUCAUCUUCAAAUGGAAAAAUAUUUUUACGGGCCCAACCUACCGUUCGAAGUGCCGAUGCAUAUACUCUGUCUGGUACGGCCUCCCUCCCACCCGAGGAAGAAACUGGUAAUGAAAUUCCAAUUAGGCUACAAUCGCCGCGUUUUGGUAAUGAUGAAGCAUCAACAGACGUCUUGGAACCCAAUUCACUUGUUGUGGAAACUAAUCGUGGUUCUCCUCAAUGCAAUGUAGCAUCACCCAAGGCGACUAAGGAUCGUGCUUUGGCUCGUGAGCAACAGGAAACCAUGGCUCUGGCUAAAUUCAAGUCGCACGCAGCACCCUUCCCGAAAACCGCCCGAUCGCGUGCUGCUGGUAGAACGCCAUUGGUUGGUUCUGUUGCUACUAGCCGAGGCCAGCCACAGAAGGUUGUUCGAGAGCCAGCUUCGCCAGGACUUCUAUGGCGACUUCGACACCGUCUUCCAACAUCUUCAACCUUCUUGAACACCUGUUGUCUGACUGAACAAGUGUCACUCCCUAACGCACGUCUUGCUUUACCCGACUGUCUUGAACUGCCAAAGGACAUCUCUUCCUGGUCCCUGUCUACGGCCGGACACCUGCUUUUCCGCUUGGAUAGCCCCGAUUCAGCUGAAUAUCCUCUGAGUUAUAAUCUUGGCGAUAGCGUCGAGGUGAUUCCAAGCGAGUCAGGUUUGGCUGGUGUAGAUGAAGUUGAAAGUUGCGCCAUUUUGCAACCAAACUGCCUUCGUGAUUCUCUUGCAAAGUUCCCCGUACACGCCCAGUUCACUCUGGGCCCUGGUGGAUCUACAUUUUUGGGCUGCUGGCUACUCCAUGCCCUGCUUCUUGAACUGAAGUACCGUUAUGACAGAGAGUUAGAGGCAGUUGAAAGAUCCGCUCUGCGCAAAAUUCUUGAAACUGACGAUACGCCUGCUAAAAGGAUGGUCCUGUGUGUCAGCCAUCUGCAACCCCUCCAAAAUGCAAUGUACCGGGGCCGUCUGACAGAUGGCUGGUACCACAUGGACUGGCUUCCCGAUAAAGUUCUGGCCCAACUAAUCUCACGCGGUAAAAUUCGCGUUGGCACAAAACUUGUCUGCGCUGGCGCCGAGGCAGUACAACGACCUGUCGGGUUUGACCCCCCAGAGGGUGCUACCGCAGAAGUGGACAAGGACGCUGACAGUCAUCUAUUUGGUCCUUCGAGUGGUCUCGUUUUACGACUGGGUGCUAACUCGACCCGAAUUGCACACCCUACUGCACGUCUUGGUUAUGCUUCAUCUUCCGGCCACAUGACUAGCCUUUGUCCGAUCCCUUUAUCGUCACUAUACGCUGAUGGUGGUCCCGUUAGUUCCAUCCUCGUUCUUGUUCAACGUCGUUUUCAGCUCCAGUUCAUGGAAACCCGCUCUGAGGACUCGGAUGGUGAGCGGAAGCAACGUAUCUUCCGUGAUCCUCGGUCUGAAGAGGCCGCCGCCCGUGAACACGAAAAAAACUGCCAGUUGGCCUUCGAUAAAGCUGCUGGAGACUUCUCCUCGCCCAAACGUAUGCACUGA